CACCACUGAGAUGGAGGCCCCACUCCCUGGUCUCUCCCUGCUCCUUCUCCUCCUGGCAGUGGGAUGGGGAAGCAGGAUGGAUGCAGCCUGGGCAUCAUCUCCUGGGGGCUGUGAGCUUGUGCAGAGCAUCAUGGACUGCACUGGCAGAUGGCUGAGUUCCAUCCCAGGAAACCUUCGAGGCGAUACCGAGGAGCUGUUUCUUGAUGACAACACUAUCCAGGUCCUGGGCAAUGCCUCCCUGCUCCUGUAUCCCCAGCUCUGGCAUCUCAGCUUGACCAGGAACCGGCUGGAGCUCAUUGAGCCCGGUGCCUUCCUCAGCAGCCAAGGCCUGGAGGUGCUCUCCUUGACAGACAACCUGCUCUUCACCAACUACUCGCUGACAGCCGCUGCUCUUUCUGCUCUGCCGGCCUUGAGGAUGCUGGAUCUGACUGGAAACCAGCUCAGGGAGGACAUGGUAUCAGUUUUAGUCUCGAACAUCUCUUCCUUGGAGUCCCUGUCUCUGGCCAGGAACAUCAUCAUGAGGUUGGACUCGUCCACCUUCACAAACCUGACAGAGCUGCUGGAGCUGAACCUGGAGAAGAACUACAUCUUUGAGAUUGACAAUGCCUUUGAAGGGCUGCAGAGGCUGCAGAGGCUGAACUUAGCUUACAACUACCUCCCAUGUCUGGUGGGGUUUGACCUGACCCAGCUCAGGGUGCUCAAUCUCAGCAACAAUGUCAUUGAGUGGUUUCUGACCAUGGAAAUUGAUGACCUCUUUGAGCUGGAGGUGCUGGACCUGUCCCACAACCGCCUGCUGUUCUUCCCUGUGCUGCCAAGGCAGAGCAAGCUGCACUCCUUGCUGCUGCAGGACAACAGGAUGAGCUUCUACCAGCGGCUCCCCAAUGGCACCUCCCUGGCCAACGUCACCAUGCAGUUCCUGAUCAUCGAUGGCAACUCCACCAACAUCACCACGGUCAGGCUCUGGGAUGAGCUCUGCCACAGCAACCUCUCCUCCCUGCGCCUCCUGGACAUGAGCCAGAAUGAGGUCUGGGGCCUGCCAGAUGAUUUCCUUGCCCAGAUGCCCUCCCUGACCCACCUGAAGCUCAGCCAGAACUGCCUGGAGGCAUUUCACCUGUCGGAGGAGGACACCUUGGCCAUGCUGACAGAGCUGGACCUCAGCCACAACCAGCUGGUGGAGCUGGGGGUGAAGGUGGGCACUGGGGACAUCCUGCCCAGCCUGAAGCUCUUCAACCUCAGCUCCAACAGGCUGCAGGCUCUUCCUCCUGGGAUUUUCACCCACACCAGGAAGAUCACUACACUGGACCUCAGCUACAACCGGGUUGACCUCUGUCCCCAGCCAGGUGAGGCCCAGAGUCUGUCCUGCGUGGACAUCAGGGGCGUGGAGACCUUGAGCCACCUUUCCUUGGCUGGCUGUGGUCUGCAGGGGAUGGGUGGCCGCCCCUUCCAGGGGACAUCACUGAUGCACCUGGACCUCUCUGACAACCGCCAGCUGCUGUCCAGGGACCUGGGCUGGCUGCAGGACCUCGUCCUGACACUGCAGGUGCUGUCUCUGAGGAACACCAGCCUCUCCUCCACCACGGACUUCUCUGCCCUGAGCAGCCUGGUGCGCUUGGACCUUUCUGGGAACUGCCUGGCCGCGUUCCCCGCCUGGCUGGGCGCGCUGAGGCUGCGCAGCCUGGACCUGCGGGACACCUGCCUGCCGGCCCUGCCGCGGGACCUGCCACACCAGGCACUGCUGGGCAGGAGCCUGCGGGAGCUCUACCUCAGCCAGAACCCCUACAACUGCUGCACGCUGGGCUGGUGGGACGCCCUGCAGCAGGCCCAGGGCCUGCAUGUCCCUGACAGGCAGGAGGUGACCUGCAGGCACGGCCCCCGCGCGCUCAGCCCCGGCGCGCUGCCCCAGCCCGUCCUGCAGAGCUGCCAAUGGCAGACGGCCAACAUGGAGCUGCUCUACCUGGUGCUGGCUCUGCCCACCUGCCUGACGCUCCUGGUGGCCUUCGUGGUUGUCUUCCUCAUGCUCAAGGAGAAGCUGCUGAAAAUGGUGAAAAAUCGGUGUGGGGUGUCCAGCCCUUACUAAUGGCUGAGGAAGAGGAAGGGCUCGGGAAGAGUCAAUAAUAGGGGGUGGUCAGGAGUGCAGGUGAUAACCCCUCCAAGGUGGUCAAGAUGGAAAGGUGAUGGAUGCAGGACAGGAGGUGCUGGGAGAGCUGCCAUUCCUGCCCUCAUGGUACCAAAGGGUGAGAGCUGUGUCUGGUGAUGGAGCGCUGGGAAUCCUCGAGGAACGUGUCUGCAGCAGAAACCUUCAGCUGGUGCUGGUGAGAGCUGGGUGGACAUGACAUCAAACAUGCCUUGGCUGAAAGGACAGGUUGCCCAGAAAAUCUUUGAAUGCUCAUGUGUGGAAGUGUA